GCUCGGGCUGAGGAGGCAGCCGGGGGACGGCGGCGGACACACACACACACCCCCACAGCGCCCCAGACAGACCCGACCGAAGCCGGGCGGCAGCGGCGGGAGCCGCGGGAGGAGCCGGGACGAUGCCGGCCGUGAGCCUCCCGCCCAAGGAGAACGCGCUCUUCAAGCGGAUCCUGAGAUGCUACGAACAUAAACAAUACAGAAAUGGAUUGAAGUUUUGUAAACAAAUCCUCUCAAAUCCCAAAUUUGCAGAGCAUGGAGAAACUCUGGCCAUGAAGGGACUAACAUUGAACUGCUUGGGAAAAAAAGAAGAGGCAUAUGAACUGGUUCGUAGAGGCUUAAGAAACGAUUUGAAAAGCCAUGUGUGUUGGCAUGUUUAUGGUCUUCUGCAAAGGUCAGACAAGAAGUAUGAUGAAGCUAUCAAGUGUUACAGAAAUGCACUAAAGUGGGAUAAAGACAAUCUUCAGAUCUUAAGGGACCUCUCUUUAUUACAGAUUCAGAUGAGGGACCUUGAGGGUUAUAGGGAAACGAGGUAUCAGUUACUUCAACUUCGACCUGCACAAAGAGCCUCAUGGAUUGGCUAUGCUAUUGCAUACCAUUUAUUAGAAGAUUAUGAAAUGGCAGCAAAAAUUUUAGAAGAAUUUAGGAAAACACAGCAGACAUCUCCUGAUAAAGUGGAUUAUGAAUAUAGUGAGCUUCUUUUGUAUCAAAAUCAAGUCUUGCGGGAAGCAGGGCUCUAUAGAGAAGCCUUGGAACACCUUGGCACUUAUGAAAAGCAGAUAUGUGAUAAGCUUGCUGUCGAAGAAACCAAAGGGGAACUUCUGUUACAACUGUGCCGCUUGGAAGAAGCUACUGAUGUAUAUAGAGGUUUACAAGAGAGAAAUCCUGAAAAUUGGGCAUACUAUAAAGGCUUAGAAAAGUCACUCAAGCCAGUCAAUAUGUUAGAACGUCUAAAAAUUUACGAGGAAGCCUGGACUAAGUAUCCUAGGGGAUUAGUACCAAGAAGGCUGCCACUCAACUUUUUAUCUGGUGAGAAGUUUAAGGAAUGUUUGGAUAAGUUCCUAAGGAUGAAUUUCAGUAAAGGUUGUCCACCAGUUUUUAAUACUUUGAGAUCAUUAUACAAAGAUAAAGACAAGGUGGCAAUCAUAGAAGAGUUAGUAGUAGGCUAUGAAACUUCUCUAAAAAGCUGUCGGUUAUUUAACCCCAUUGAUGAUGGCAAGGAAGAGCCUCCUACCACGUUACUUUGGGUACAGUACUAUUUGGCACAGCAUUAUGACAAAAUUGGGCAGCCAUCUAUUGCUUUGGAAUAUAUAAAUGCUGCUAUAGAAAGUACACCUACAUUGAUAGAACUCUUUCUUGUGAAAGCUAAAAUUUAUAAGCAUGCUGGCAAUAUUAAAGAAGCUGCUAGGUGGAUGGAUGAAGCUCAGGCCCUGGAUACAGCAGACAGGUUUAUCAACUCCAAAUGUGCCAAGUACAUGCUGAAAGCCAACCUGAUUAAAGAGGCUGAAGAAAUGUGCUCUAAGUUUACAAGGGAAGGAACAUCUGCAGUGGAAAAUUUGAAUGAAAUGCAGUGUAUGUGGUUCCAGACAGAAUGUGCACAGGCAUAUAAGGCAAUGAAUAAAUUUGGUGAAGCACUUAAGAAAUGUCAUGAAAUUGAGAGACAUUUUGUAGAAAUCACUGAUGACCAGUUUGACUUUCAUACGUACUGUAUGAGGAAGAUUACACUUAGGUCUUAUGUGGACUUGUUAAAACUAGAAGAUGUACUUCGACAGCAUCCGUUUUACUUCAAGGCAGCAAGGAUUGCUAUAGAGAUCUAUUUGAAACUUCAUGAUAACCCACUAACAGAUGAGAAUAAAGAACAUGAGGCUGAUACAGCAAACAUGUCAGACAAAGAGCUAAAGAAAUUACGCAAUAAACAAAGAAGAGCCCAAAAGAAAGCUCAACUUGAAGAAGAGAAAAAGAACGCAGAGAAAGAGAAGCAACAGAGAAAUCAGAAGAAGAAAAAGGAUGAUGAUGAUGAGGAAAUUGGAGGUCCAAAAGAAGAACUUAUCCCUGAGAAAUUGGCCAAGGUUGAAGCUCCAUUGGAAGAAGCUAUUAAAUUUUUAACACCAUUGAAGAACUUAGUAAAGAACAAGAUAGAGACCCAUCUUUUUGCCUUUGAGAUUUACUUUAGGAAAGAAAAAUUUCUUUUGAUGCUACAGUCAGUAAAGAGAGCAUUUGCUAUUGAUUCCAGUCAUCCUUGGCUUCAUGAGUGUAUGAUUCGCCUCUUCAGUGCUGCAGGGUCUGAAAGCAAAGACCUGCCUGAAGCAGUGAGGACAGUAUUAAAACAAGAGAUGAACCGGCUUUUUGGAGCAACCAACCCAAAGAACUUUAAUGAAACUUUUCUGAAGAGGAACUCUGAUUCAUUGCCACACAGGUUAUCAGCUGCCAAAAUGGUAUAUUAUUUGGAUCCCUCUAGUCAGAAGCGAGCAGUAGAGUUGGCAACAACACUUGAUGAAUCACUAACUAAUAGGAACCUCCAGACAUGUAUGGAGGCUUUGGGAGCCUUGUGUGAUGGGAGCCUUGGAGACUGUAAAGAAGCUGCUGAAACUUAUCGAGCAAAUUGCCAUAAGCUUUUCCCCUACGCUCUGGCUUUCAUGCCUCCUGGGUAUGAGGAAGAUACCAAGAUCACGAUAAAUGGAGAUAGUUCUGCAGAAACUGAAGAACUGGCCAACGAAAUUUGAGCCCCUUAAGCGAAUGAAACGACUUUGGACCAUAUCUAGUGUAUAAUAUUUUUGUCACGCACCUGCUGCAUUGCUCUAACUUACACAGAAUGGAAGGAGUCAACGUUUAGCCUUCAAAUAGUGUUUUAUGUUUUUUUUUUUAUCCUGCUGAAAAAGUAUAUAUAUAAAAUAUCUAACAUAUUACAGGAUAUAGGUUCAGUUUCUUUAAAAUUAAAAGCUGCUAAAAUUGAGAGAAAAAAAUACCUUAUCCUAUACCUACCUACCCACCCAUGUUUUUAAACUAAUUUAUAUGAAAUCUGGAGGCUGUUAUAGCUAACAAAGCAGGUGUGUGGCAGAAAUAUUACUUUAAAUUUGUCUUGUGAGAUUACUAUAUCUCAGACAGCAUAAAUGCUGUUUUAGCACUGGAUUCUUUCACUGAGCACAAAGAGUUGUUGGGGCUUUAGCAUCUGACUGGUUUUGAUAUGGGGUUGAUCUGACCAUAGGAAGUAUGCAAUGUGAAUCACUAAUUACAGAUACAUCUACAACAGAUGCUUGAUGUUGUAGCGAAUGGGACAGAUACCAAGCAGAAUUAUUAAGAAACAUAGGGUGUUCAAUAAGCUUGUUGUGUCUCCAAAAUUCACUGUACAUGAUCAGUUUGGUGUUCUUGUACCACAGUUUUUUAACUGAAGGAACCAGUUAGAACAAUCUCAGUUUUAAUUAAAAACUUGAAAAAAAAAAAAAAAAGUUAACAUUGCUGUCC